AUGAAGUUGAUGGUGCUGAUCGUUCUAGGCGUUCUUUGGUCGGUAGUGAUUGCUAAAUCGACGAUUGGUUUUGAGCUACUUGAUAAGGAAUUCCACGAAGACCAUUUUCUGUUCGAGGAAGACAUCGACAUCCUGCUUACCAAUUGGUUCACGAAGGCUGGUAACAGUUUACAUAAGUGGGGCCAUAAAGCUAAGAAGUGGACUCACAAAGCGGUGCAUGACUCUAAACACUGGACAAAAACAGCAGUACACGACACUAAACACUGGACACAAAACGCGGAACAUGACACCAAACACUGGACGAAUAAGGCAGUACACGACACCAAGAAAUGGACAAAGAAAGCAGCUCAUGACGUUGGCAGUGCCGUUAAGAAGGGAUGUAAGGUCGUGAACAAGAUCCCCUUCAAAGGUCUCGUUCUUCAGCUAAAAGAGUCCCUCAAGGAUCGUGGUCUAUCUGAGGAGGAUGUGAGUGAAGAUCAGGUAGCUGCGGUAGCAUCUGGGAUCUACAAGGGAAUCAAAUUCGCAUGCCAUGCAAUCGAUCACUAAAAACUUUUCGACGGGUACACUAAGACCCGGAUUGAAAAGGAAAA